AUGUCGAAAUACAGUCCACGGUCGAUUACGAGUGCCGGCAGCGAGUCAGCUGGGAGUAUUCAACAGCCAUCUCCCCGGACAGAGCGCUCGGCCUCGAACCCUGCAUCCUACACCGGAGAACACUAUGAUACGGCGCUGCCAUCCAUGGACUUCCAUUCCCAUGCUCAACCGUCUCUUGCCCAUCGCCGGACAGGGAGCACCUUGAAGACAGUGAUGCGCAAGAUCUUCAAUCGGAAGAGGCAAAGCCAGGCUGAUGAGCUAGAAGAGAAUCCCUAUGAAUCGAGCUUCGCAAGGCCGCCGGUGAGGACCCCAGGGCUAGCGAAAGGAAAAUCACCGCUGGCUGUCCCUCCGCCUCUGCAUUUGAACUCGCACCGGAGUAGUCCGCUCUCCGUGCAGAACCUGCAACUCGCGGAAACACAUCUGUCCCCCUUGUCUCCUCUGUCUUCCGCAACCUUGCGUGAUUCAAUGCCUGGUAGCAUGCAGCCGCGCCGAAGACGGGCCACUCUUCCUAGCGUCGUCUUCUCGGAUGACGAAUCUCGGUUUGCUGUGGCUUCAACCGCAAUCUCCGACCCGCAAGAAGACAAAAGCUAUCUCCCCGAGCGAAGACAUAGUUUGCUCUCGCACCGACUGUCGAGAAGCGCAGAUGCCCUGCGCGAGAUGACAGAACAGCUGCCAGAGGGAUUGGCAUCUUGGCCCGCACCUACAUCCGCUCCUGCACCAGCCUCAAUUCCAGGCUCCCCUCCACCGUUAGACGAAAGCUCCAAUAGUGGACAAUCUGUGAGGCCUUCCUCGGGAACGACAGUAACCAGCGUGACCCGAAUGUCCGAUACACCGUCCUUGAUGGAAGACGACCAACGCGCAGAACAAGCCAGUCUCCCACCAAACUUUGCAAGUUUCAUCAACACAAUGCAGCAAGAUGACAGCGUCACCCUGGAACAGCGGUUGACCACAUUAGAAGUGAAGCUCAUCGACCUAGAAUUUGCCAUUGCGCGCAUGCAAACCAACGGCUCCGAAAAGUCCAACUCCGAAAAAUCAUCUCGUUCAAGACACCACCCUUCAUCAGAAUCCUUCUCUCGCCCGCGCAAAACCAGCGGCCUUCUCUCCCCAAGUGACCGCGAAGAAUCCCCUAGCCCCCUCAAUGCAUCCGCCCGCCCCUCAAGCACGAGCACAAUCCGUCCAGACACUACAAACUCGCGCACUCUCCGCCCCGCUCCCUCCGCCACCUCCCUCUCCGAAUAUCAGGGCGUUUCAAUAGAGCAAUACAGCACGUUAGUCACGCUCCUGCGCCGCGAGCAAACUGCCCGCAGAAAUCUAGAAACCCAAGUGGGUACUAUGCGUGAUGACAUUCGCAACUUGCAGCGCGUGGCACUCGAGUCCAUGCAAUCAAACGCAAUACAGCCCAUGCCCAGCCCCCAGUCGCGGGAGUUCCUACGAUUCCGUCGCGCGAUGGAUGACACCGAUUCUUCUCAGCUGUUUCGAUCGGAUGAUCAGUACGCCGGCAUUACGGACAGCGACUCUGAGUGGGACCGAUCGGAUCUCUACUCGCGUGAUGAUCCAUUCGGACAUUCCAAAUGGGAACGUCAGCGGAUUGUGACUGCUCCUAUGAUUUGA